UAAACAGCUUAGCCAAAGGUGUUAAUCAAGAUAUAUGAAAUCUCUAUAUAAACAAACGGAAAGUGUUACUACGUAUACAAUAAAAAGAAGUUACUGAGAGAUUCAAAUAACCCAAAAGAACAACUGACGAAAUGAAGGUAUUUGUAAUUGUGUUAUUAGCCAUUGUAUUGGUGACAGUUGAAAGUCGACGAGGUGGAAAGGGAAGAGAAAAGGGGAAAGGAAAGGGACAUGGACAUGGAAAGAUACCCAGACUACCAUUUAUGUGUGAAGCACCUCUUACUGUCUGCCAAGGAGCAGAGUUGACUCUCCAGUGUGAUGCUGAUGAAACAAUUAUGGUUGCCGAGGCUACGUAUGGGGAUAUAACUUGUGAUGGCGAUAUCCGUGCUAGUCCGUCUACAUGUACAGAUACAGGUGCCACUGUCAGUGUUCAGACAUUGUGUGAUGGCAAAAUAUCUUGUACAUUCACAGCCAAUGAUGCCACUUUCACAACCUCUGCAUGUGCUACUGAUAAGGCCGAAAACUUGAUGGUCAGAUAUAAAUGCAAAGAUAACAGAGCUUUUGCCAGUUAUGGAGAAACUGCAGAAAUAAGCUGUCCAACUGAUACAAAGAUUGAGAUUACAAAACCUGUGUGUAGCCCUUCACCAUGUACACCUGAUAUCCAGACUGCCUGUAAUGGGAAAACAGAAUGUACUGUUGAAGGACCGACGAUGGCAUUUGUUGAAGGGACGUGCAUGGAACCACGAGUUAAAGUCGAAUGGAAGUGUGUCCCGUAAAUAAACAGAUCUAUAUUUAUCACUAUUCAUACCUUGUGUACCCCUUUUGAGAAGAAACAACCCAAUUGUGAUGUCUUAUUAAAGUGUGUUUUCCUUUUUUGUUGAAUUGAACAAAACAUCAUAUUAAUCAUUUGUUAUUUUACAUACAUUUGUACUUUUAAUAAAAAGAAUGAAAAGUUAAA